CCCGUUAGUAACUAUCCCUAAACUCAACAGCAACAGCAGUAGAAGCAGAAGAGAGAAACUUCAGAGGAGAUGAAAGAAGCAAAGCGGAGUCGUAAACGGAAGAGAGGAAAGGUUCAUAAGAAGUCUACUACUCAGGCCGGAGACGAUCCUUCUAAGGUCUCCGGCGUGAAUCAGUCUAUGGUUUCGAAUGUGGCGAUCUCAAAAACUAAGAAACCUUUGUCUUUUCUCGAUAAGAUGAAGGCGAGAUUAUCAGGAGGACACUUCCGUAUGCUUAAUGAAAAACUCUACACUUGCUCUGGAGAUGAGGCGCUCAAUUAUUUCAAGGAAAAUCCGGAACUUUUUAAUGUGUAUCAUGCAGGGUAUCAGGAGCAAAUGUUACAUUGGCCAGAAAAACCUGUUAAUAUAAUCACAAAAUGGCUAAAAGAUCAAAGCCCUUCAUUAAUUGUUGCUGACUUUGGCUGUGGAGAUGCACGGCUGGCAAGAAGUGUGAAGAACAAAGUGUGGUCUUUGGAUCUUGUUGCACAUGAUCCUUCAGUCAUUGCUUGUGACAUGUCAAAUACCCCUCUAGAGGCCUCAUCAGUUGAUGUGGCCAUCUUUUGCCUUUCAUUGAUGGGAACCGAUUAUCCAAGCUUUCUUCAGGAAGCACUCAGAGUUCUUAAACCCAGGGGGUGGCUUUUGAUAGCAGAAGUUAAAAGCAGGCUUGAUCCAACUACAGGAGGAGCAGACCCAAACAAUUUUUUGAAAGCUAUUUGUGAGCUUGGGUUUACCAUUGAGUCAAAGGAUUUCUCUAACAAAAUGUUUGUGCUGUUCUACUUAAAGAAAAAGGAAAAACAGAAUUCAGUAGACAAAGAGAUUAAUUGGCCUGAGCUCAAGGCUUGUAUUUAUAAACGGCGCUAAGCUUGGCCAUAAUAUGGUCUAAGAUUUUACUAUAGUCCCUGUUCAUUAUGGAGUUUGGUUUAAACUUGUUGCUAGAUCUCACUCAUUAUUUCAACCCGUGCUCC